GCAGAAAUAUCCAGUGCCUGCUGUGUGCCAGGUGCCUGUUGGAGCUGGAGAGACUGGACAAGGAGCUCCAGCCAGGGGAUGACACAGCUGGGCGGUGGGGCCCAUCUUCCAAAGGGGGUUGCGUGGGAGGAGAGGGCCUGGCCCUGGGUCUCUCCCAGCACAGCCGAGAUGCCUACGGUGGCCGGUUAAUGGGCUUCUGUACAAGAGCCUGAGUUCCAAUCCUGCACCCCUUCCUUAGGCAGAAUGGUCUGGGCCUUCGUUUCCUGCUAAUGGUCUUGGUACCACGCGCCUGGGAUGCCAUGUGGAUAGGACGGCAGGACUGCGCUGGUGCCAGUUGAAUGCGUGUGUGUGUCCCCUUGCUCUCUGGCACCUUCGAAUUCCCUUUGAACCACCCGCUGUAGGCGCGUGUCCUGUGGGAAGCCUCAGGCAGGCCACAUAGUGUGGGACGCAGCCCAGGGACACAGGAAAGAAAGAUGCACACUUGGGCAGGGCUGCAGAAAAGAGCCAGAGCCCGUCCCUGAGCUGCCCUGGCAUCAGGGGCACCUGUCCAGACCCCCAGGACUCUGCCGUGGACAGCGUGGGGAGCAGCAGGACUGCCCCUGGGCCAUCUGCAGCGGCUUUCUUCACCCUCCUCUCAUAGCUGGCCAUCCUAGAAGACUACGCAGACCCGUUUGAUGUCCAGGAGACUGGAGAAGGCACAGCAGGAGCCUCAGGGGUCCCAGAGAAGGUCCCCGAAAAUGAUGGCUACAUGGAACCCUACGAGGCCCAGAAGAUGAUGGCUGAGAUCCGGGGCUCCAAGGAGCCGGCCACCCAGCCCCUGCCCCUGUACGACACCCCCUAUGAGCCCGACGAGGAGGCCCCCACCCCCGAGGGCGAGGGCACCCCCUGGCCCCGGGAGUCCCGCCUGCCCGAGGACGACGAGAGGCCCCCAGAGGAGUACGACCAGCCGUGGGAGUGGAAGAAGGAGAGGAUCUCCAAAGCCUUUGCCGUUGACAUAAAGGUCAUCAAAGACCUACCUUGGCCUCCGCCUGUGGGACAGCUGGAUAGCAGCCCCUCCCUGCCUGACGGGGACAGGGACAUCUCCAGUCCAGCCUCGCCCCUCCCUGAGCCCAGCCUGGAGGACGGCAGCGCCCAGUUUGAAGGAUUGGAGAAGAGCUGCCUGUCACCUGGCCGGGAGGUCAAGGGACGGCCACCUCCCCGGCUCCCUGCAGCGCCCUCCAAGCCAGCCAAGCCCCUGGGCACAGAGCCCGGCAGCCCCCUGGGGGAAUGGACAGACCCUGCACUGCCACUGGAGGACCAGGUCUGGUACCACGGGGCCAUCAGCCGAACCGACGCCGAGAACCUGCUGCGUCUGUGCAAGGAGGCCAGCUACCUGGUGCGCAACAGUGAGACCAGCAAGAAUGACUUCUCCCUGUCCCUCAAGAGCAGCCAGGGCUUCAUGCACAUGAAGCUGUCCCGGACCAAGGAACACAAGUAUGUGCUGGGCCAGAACAGCCCCCCCUUCAGCAGCGUACCAGAAAUCGUGCACCACUACGCCAGCCGCAAGCUGCCCAUCAAGGGGGCCGAGCACAUGUCCCUGUUGUACCCCGUGGCCAUCCGGACUCUGUAGACGUGGGCCGGGGCUCCGGGACAGUCCUGGGUCGGCCAGGACCCCUGGCUGAGUGCCUGGAGGGUCGCACGGGACUUGAUCCUGCAGCCUGGCGUCCACCGCCCUGGGGUCGAGACGCUGGAGAUUCCUUAAUUUAUUGUGAAGGGGAAGGAGUGUGGAACCCUGGGCAGGGGCUCGUUCAGAGCCGCUGGUGCCCAGCGGACCUGGGCAGAGGCGGCGUCCGCCCAGCCUCCCUCCGCUCCUGGCCGGCGGCAGUAAAUAAACCCAUCCUGCCAGGCACAGCUGUGUGCAUGCUGG